AUGAGCCAGCCGGAGGGGAAGGGCGGCGGCGCCCUGGAGGUGAAGUUCGUGCCCGACGAGGAGGUCCUGAAGCACAUCACUGACGACGCAGGUAUUAAAGUACGGAAGGACAAGACUCAGCUGACAGUCAGUGUGAAGAGAUUUGUGAAGAAGCUUGAGAAUAUUUCAGAUGAUGAAGCUCAAGAGAUCCUGGAAGAGAAGAACUAUGUUGUUGCUCUUGGAAUAUGUGCCCAAGAUCCAGUGGGAAAUGGCUCAAGUGUAAGUGGUGGUGAAGUUUACUCAUUCCAGACUCCCAAACGCUCCAGCAAAAUGGCAGAGCUGGCCUCUGAAUUAGCCCAGACACCAGGACAGAGUGUUGCACCUGAUCACUCUGAGUGCCCUGAGAAGACAGCCAAAACCCCUCAAAGCAACAAACGUUCAAGUUCAAACAAAGCGCAGCAGAGGAGUAAAAACAAAGAAUUUGUGUCUACCACACCUUACAGACUCAGAAAGAGGCUAGCAGCUCCAGAUCCCUAUGUAGAAAGUGAGAGUGAAUAUUCUGCUUCCUGCUCAGAGGAGGAGGAUGAGGAAGACCAGAAAGAAGUCAGCACUGUUUUAUCAGGUCCAAAGACCCCACCAAAAACUAAUGCUGCAUCUACGCCUCUUCCCAGAAACACCCUAGCCAAAAAAGUGAAGGAGGACAAGAUGAGUAAUCUGGUGGAGGAAUACUUUGAAGCUCACAGUAGUUCCAAAGUGCUCACUUCAGACCGAACGCUGCAGAAGUUGCAGAAAAGAAGAUUGAAUCAGCAAACACUGCAUGACCUUUUAAAAAAAGCUCCCCUUGCCUAUGCUGCUGAAAUUAAAGAGCUAAACCAGCAACACGAAUCCCUGUUUUCCAAGUGGAUGCUGCAAUUACACUUGGGUUUCAAUAUUGUGCUUUAUGGUCUGGGCUCAAAGCGUGAUUUGUUAGAGAAGUUUCGUACGUCUGUGCUCAAGGAUUCUGUUCACCUUGUGGUUAAUGGAUACUUCCCCAGCAUCACUGUGAGAUCUAUUCUCAACUCCAUCACAGAGGAGGUACUGAAUCAUAUAGGAACCUUCCGCAGCCCACUUGACCAACUUGAAUUCAUCAUUAAAAGGUUUAAAGAAGAUUCAUCUUUACAGCUCUAUGUCCUCAUUCAUAACCUGGACAGCCAGAUGUUGAGAGGAGAAAGAAGUCAGCGGAUCCUUGCACAGUUAUCCUCUCUGCCUAGCAUUUACCUCAUUGCCUCUAUCGAUCACAUCAAUGCUCCUCUCAUGUGGGAUCAGGCAAAGCUAAGCCUCUACAACUGGCUUUGGUAUGAAACAACCACAUUUAGUCCUUAUGUGGAAGAAACGUCUUACGAGAACUCGUUUUUAGUACAACAGUCGGGAUCUUUGGCUUUGAGCUCCCUAACACAUGUCCUGCGCAGUCUCACUCUCAAUGCCAGAGGGAUAUUCAGACUGCUUGCUCAGUACCAGCUGGAGAACAAGGACAACCCAUCUUAUCCAGGGCUGUCUUUCCAAGACUUUUACCAGCAGUGUCGGGAGGCUUUCCUUGUGAACAGUGACCUGACACUCAGGGCACAGCUGACAGAAUUCAGGGACCACAAACUCAUCCGGACCAAGCGGGGAGCUGAUGGUGUGGAAUACUUAUUAAUUCCUGUAGAUGACAGUACCUUGACCGACUUCUUAGAGAAAGAGGAUGAAGAUGUGUAACGUCUCUUUGUUCUCAAAGCGUGUGCGGCAAUUGCUCUCAAGGGCUGCUGGGGAGGGGCCUAUACUCACAUCUCUCUCCCUCCAACCCAAAGGCUGCUGGACUACUUACUGAAAUGUAAUAAUUGCAAGGAACAAUGCUCGUUGUUCAACUACUUCAGGUAGUUUGGAAUGAUGACUUCUGUAAGCAAGGCAUCUCUUGCUCUGUAGUUAGAUUUGUCUGCUUUGUCUCUUAGCUCAGAUAAUGCCUUCUUCACAUCUAUGCAGCCAACCUUACAGCCAGAAGAACAAACUCGGUAAGAUUGUGCCUUCUGCUCUCUACCUCACCGGACAUGAGGGUUUGAUUGGAGCAGUUUACUUGGAAAGUGCAAAUCACUAGAUGGUCAGAACUUUAGUUUGUACUAGUGGUGCACCUUUUCUCACCUGAGUGCUUUCCAAUACUCCUUUACCAGUUAGACAAGACUACCUUCCAGUGUAUGAAGAAGCCAAGGUUUAUAAAGCUAAGAGACCUGCCUUGACUGCAUGAGGAAAGGAGGAUACUAGUGGGUUUGGGACACCGUGGGUAACUUAUUAAAUUCUGGCAAUAGAACUGAAGGACUUGCCCCAAAUCCUUUUGUAAGUAGGUAGAUUGAGAUAGAUAAUCAAAACUGUGAUGGACUCAAGUCAUUGCCUGUGGCGAGGGUGAGAGGAUCCAGCAUCUUUCAUGUAUUUUCUAAGUUGCAAUCCAGGAAUAUGAAGAGGCUGUGAAUUUUUUUUAUUUUUUAAAAGCUUGAUUGUAUGUAUGUAUGUAUUUUUUACAUCAGGAGCGUCCACUGAUCCUGGAGGAGGCCUUAAAUGCCACUUAUAAGCUCUCCUUUUUUUUAAGCCCUUAG